AUGAGCACAGCCUCAACGAUGAAAUCACUUGCGUCCGCUCUAGCGCUGGUUGCGCCUGUCUAUGCAGGUCUUCGUUUCCCUUGCUCGACCUUGACAAUUCAGCGCCUCGACCCUGUCGUUCAGCCGGGAGCACUACCAGCUGCGCAUGUCCACCACAUUGUGGGUGGCAAUGCAUUCAACGCGACAAUGACCGGGGAUGUCGGCGAAAGGGCGACAUGUACAACGUGUCAAAUGGCCGAAGACUUUUCCAAUUACUGGACGGCUGUCUUGUAUUUCAAGCAUCCCACCAAUGGAUCCUAUCACCGUGUCCCGGUCGUUCCCGUUCAACCACUUCUAGGAGGCUCGAACGGCGCACAAGGUGGUCUCACAGUGUACUACACCCAAUUCGAUUUAACGAGAGACAACAUCAAGCAGCAGCCGGUCAAAACGUUCCCACCAGGUUUCCGUAUGACGGUCGGCAGUCCCACUCAGACUUCGCGUCCUCAUGUUGGCUUGCGAUACCAAUGCCUCCAGGGACAAAACAGGGGUGCGGAGAUGCCUGACUUUCCCACCAGGCCAUGCUCCGGAGGCAUCUUCACCACUCAUCAUUUCCCAGCGUGUUGGGAUGGUAAAAACCUCGACAGUCCGGACCAUCAGUCACAUAUGUACAAUACCAUCAGGCUGGAUGGUUUUACAAACGCUCCUGCAUGUCCCUCGUCACAUCCUGUUCGCAUGCCACAGGUGACAUUCGAGACUGUCUGGGAUACGACUAAAUUCAACAGCAUGUGGCCAUCGGGCGCUCCUAACCCAUUCGUGUGGAGUUUUGAGGGCACGAGUGGAUUUGGCACGCACGCCGAUUACAUGUUUGGCUGGAAGGGAGACUCCCUUCAACGCGCAAUGGACAAAUCGGAGUGCUUCUAUGAUGGCUGCGGAUCUAUCAAAAAGCAGGCCAUGCAAACAGCCAAUAAGUGCACAAUUCAGAAGACCGUAGGCGAGGAGGUUGAUGGGUGGCUCGAAAAGCUUCCAGGGAUGGAGAUGUGA